GGACGUAAUGAAAACAUAUUCAAGAAAUUAUGGCCCUUUCCCCGCUGUUUCCUAACAUUAACAUAGCGUGGUAAUAAUGCUAAGACUAAAUAAACUUUCACAAGUGUAAGAUUUUCCAGUUCUGCUGUUAUUUUGGCGGAGAAGAAAAACCAAAAUUUCCGUGAAGAAUUCAAGCAAAAGGUGCAAUAAAUGUUAGCAAUUAAUGAAGGUACCAACACUACUGCCCGCCUGUUUCGACAAAUACAUUAACAACGGCCCUGAAACUGGCUUCCCUCUCUCCUUUCCUACCCUUAAAUUCAUGACACUUCUCGCAGGGUUUCAUGAUUUCACUUUGUAAGCAACAUCCUUUCCUUCUUUGCUUUCCUCGUAAACUCUCGGGUAUCUUCACUUUCUUGUUCUGUAUAGGAAAUAAUGAAGGUCUUUUCUGCUAAGGUGGAAGAUGGAAGAGAAGGACAAGAUGGGAAGCCAUCCAUUGGUCCCGUAUAUCGUAACCUACUAGCCAAGAAUGGAUAUCCUUCACCUGAUCAUGAUAUGUCUACUGCUUGGACUCUUUUCAGUUCAUCCGUUCAGAAGCACCCUGGAAACAGGAUGCUUGGAUGGCGAAAUAUUGUUGAUGGGAAGGUGGGCCCUUAUAUCUGGAAAACAUACAAGGAAGUUUAUGAUGAAAUUCUGCACAUUGGUUCUGCAUUGCGAGCAUCUGGUGCUGAACCUGGAUGUCGGGUUGGGAUUUAUGGAGCAAACUGCCCGCAGUGGAUUAUGGCGAUGGAGGCCUGCGGUGCCCACAGUUUGGUUUGUGUGCCUCUCUAUGAUACACUGGGGCCUGGAGCUGUAAAUUUUAUUAUAGAUCAUGCAGAGGUUGAUUUUGUAUUUGUACAAGACAAAAAAGUAAAAGAACUUUUGAAUCCAAAUUGUUCGUCUGCUCAGCGGUUGAAAGCAAUGGUUUGCUUCACCUCAUUGACCGAGGAAGACAAUGCUAAGGCGUCUCAGAUGGGGAUUAAGACAUACUCAUGGACCGAGUUUCUCCACAUGGGAAAGGAAAAUCCACAAGAGAUUUCACCACCUCAACCAUUUAACAUUUGCACAAUUAUGUAUACAAGUGGCACCAGUGGAGAUCCUAAAGGUGUUGUGUUAACACAUGAAACAAUUGCAAUAUUUGUACACGGCAUUGAUCUUUUCUUGGAUCAAUUUGAGGACAAGAUGACAGUGGAUGACGUGUAUUUGUCCUUCCUGCCCCUUGCUCAUAUCCUUGAUCGCAUGAUUGAGGAAUAUUUUUUCCAUAAAGGAGCAUCUGUUGGCUACUAUCAUGGGAACUUGAAGGAACUGCGAGAUGACAUAAUGGAGUUGAAACCAACAUUUCUAGCUGGUGUACCCCGAGUUUAUGAUAUGAUUCAUGAAGGUAUUAAAAAAGCACUACAAGAACUCAGACCUUUGAGGAGGUGGAUUUUUGAUGCUCUCUACAAUUACAAACUUUCUUGGAUGAAGCGAGGGUAUAAACAUAAAUAUGCAUCACCUUUAGCAGAUUUGUUGGCCUUCAGAAAGGUCAAAGCUAAGUUAGGAGGUCGGAUUCGAUUGUUAUUAUCUGGAGGUGCACCAUUGAGCUCUGAAGUAGAAGAAUUCCUGCGGGUCACUUGUUGUGCCUUUGUUGUCCAAGGCUAUGGAUUGACAGAAACUUGUGGAGCUUGCACUAUUGGUUUUCCGGAUGAGAUGUGCAUGGUUGGUGCUGUUGGGGCCCCAGCCGUCUACAAUGAGUUACGCCUAGAGGAGGUUUCAGACAUGGGCUACAAUCCACUCGGAAAUCCUCCCUUUGGUGAGAUAUGCGUGAGAGGAAAGACUAUUUUCUCCGAGUAUUAUAAAAAUCCUGAACUGACAAGAGAAUCUUUCAAGGAUGGAUGGUUUCAUACAGGAGACAUAGGCCAAAUGCUUCCUAAUGGAGUUGUUAAGAUUAUUGAUAGGAAGAAAAAUCUUAUUAAGCUCUCCCAGGGAGAGUAUGUGGCACUUGAGUAUUUGGAAAAUGUUUAUGGGUUCACUCCAAUUGUUGAUGAUGUAUGGGUCUAUGGAAACAGCUUCAAGUCGAUGCUAGUUGCUGUGGUUGUGCUACAUGAAGAAAAUGCUAAAAAGUGGGCAAACUUGAAUGGUUACACAGGUUCACUCUCUGAGCUCUGUUCUCUCAGCAAGCUACAGAAUUAUGUCCUCUCAGAGCUAAAAUCCACAGCUGAGAAAAACAAGAUGAGAGGUUUUGAAUUUAUCAAAGGAGUCAUUUUGGAACCCGUGCCCUUUGACAUGGAAAGAGAUCUAGUGACUGCAACAUUGAAGAAAAAAAGAAACAAACUGCUUAAAUAUUAUCAGGCUGAAAUCGAUGAGCUCUACCAAAACUUGGCUGCAAAAUUAUGAAGCUAAAGUUAUAUAGCAGGAAAAAAUGUUUGUUACAGGCUGUGUUGAAUGCUAAUGCUUAAUCUAUAACAUUAAUAAUAGUUGUUAAGAACUGGUUUUCAAGUUUAAUUUCAAGAGGCGCAAGCUUGAUGAUUUGAGGAGGAAGAUGAAAUGGUUCUUAGGCUUUAAUGCAAUCAUAUUCACUAUUGUAUGCCCAAAUAAAAUCUUUACUUUUGGGUGUUUUUGUGUUUAUCUUUAUUUGUAUUAGGCUGGCUGUUCUUUGCAUUUAAAUUUUACUAAAAGUUUAUGUAAUGCGUUCACACAAAUUGCUGCAAUAACAGAAAAGGCCAACGGCUGAUCUCCUACGUGUGUCGAUUAAGUUAUUGCCUGCCAUGCGCAUUUUGAAAAGAACCCGAAUCCUUCCUCUGAAAAAUUUCCGUCAUCUUUGUGCACUUUCGACGGGCGAUCUCGAUAGCGAUAUCAACAAUUGCCUCCAAUAUAACCACUUGAACGAAGCCUCAAAGCUCUUCGACCGAAACCCAAACGCCAGCAACAUAUUCUUGUGCAAUGCAAUGAUCCAACCCCACCUACAAAAAGGCCGGCAGAACAGGGGCAUGACCUGUUUGAUGAAAUGACCCUUAAAAACCCCGUUUCUUGGAACACCUCUUUUUCGGGCUUAAACAAGAGCCAAAACCCAUAGGGAGUUUAUAAAUGCUUUAUAGAAAUGGGUAGGAUUGGUUUGAAACCGAAUUACUGCACCAUUUCGAUUUUAGUUAGUAUGGUUUGGGGAACAGAGUUUAAGUUAUUGGUGCCUCAAAUUCACGCGGUUGGUGUUUGUUUGAGGCUUAAUAUGAGCGUGUUUGUGGGUGUGCGUUGAUGAAAUGGUACGCACAAGUGGGGGAUAUAGAGGAGUGGGGGAGAGUGUUUGAUGAGAUUUUGGUAAAGAAUGUUGCUUGUUAGAAUGCUUUGGUUUCAUUAUAUAUGGAAGUAGGGUAUUUUAAGCUGGCUCGUAGGGUAUUUUAUAAGAUGCCGGAGAGGAAUAUUGUUUCUUGGACUCGAUUAAUGGGUACAUUAGGAAUAAGUGGAUCAACAAAGCUAGGUCUAUGUUCAAUAAGAUGAGUGAGAAGAAUAUGUUUUCUGUGAUGAUUAAUGGAUAUAUGCGAAGUGAAAGGUUUCAGGAGGCCUUGAAGCUGUUUGUUUUAAUGUUAAUGUCGGAGACGAGGCAUAACCAGUUAAUAUUUUCAAGUGUCUUGGAUGCAUGUGCUGGGAGUUCUUAUCUUGUUACUAGCCAGCAAGUCAUUCAAGCAUCCUGAAGUUUGGGACACAUGAGGAUUUAAUAUUUUCGGCUUCCCUUGUUGAUAUGUAUGCAAAAUGUGGGGAUAUUGGGGCUGCAUUUUGCAUUUUCGAGUCCAUGUGAAAGAAGAAUUUGGUAUUAUGGAAUUCUUUGAUAGGAGGUUAUGCAAGACAAGGGCUCGGAAGAAGAGCAUUGGAGGAAUUUGAUAGAAUGAUUAACGGUGGUGUCGGGCCUUAUCAGAUUACAAUUUUUUACAUUUUAUUAUCAUGCAGGGAUAAUGGAUUGGUUGAACAAGGUUAAAAGCACUUCAACUCCAUGGACCAGAAGUAUGGAAUACAAGCAGGGUUGGAGCAUUAUGCUUGUAUAGUGGAGAUCUAUGGGAAAGCAGGUCAGCUUGAUAAAGCUGAGAAAUUGGUAAGGGGAUGCUUUUUAAGCUUGAUGUGGUUGUUUGGGGUGCAUUUGCUAGAGCCUUUUAUUUGCACUCAAGUUUGGAACCUCGUAAACUUGCGACUGAAGGUAUUUUAAAAUUGAUAAUGGAUUAUCCUGCUGUUUAUUCAGCGUUCAGAAAGAUACACGAUGAAACAGGGACAUGGAGUACUGUUACUAAAUUUAGGCUCUCGGUCGGAUUGAAUCUCCCGUUGAAGUGAAAUGAACCUAUACAGCCAUGCACUACAUCCUUUAAUACAAUAAGGCUUCUUAACUUCAAAUCCUUAGCCCGACUGUUUGACUAUUAUAGCCUGUUGGACUUGGCAUCUAGAUAUGUAUAGAUGAUGUCUUGAUUUGCGAGGAACUGGUAUUCAGAUUGCGAUGGCCGCCGACUCAGGGAUCUAGGUUUCUAUGGGGCAAAGACAAGUUAGAAAAAUGAAAUAGAAUAAAAGGUUCUUAAUUCUUGUUCUUAAAUUUUAGCAACCCCUAGUGAUACGAAACAUUAAAAUGUUUUGACAUGGGCUCA